UGAGAGCGCAGAGCCAGGGGACAGCAGGGCGGUGAGCUCAGCGCCCCGGGCGGGUCGCUUGGCAUCCGGCGAGGCGGCUCCCGCAUCCCGGACAGCGGCUCCAGCACCGCGGACAGCGGCUCCAGCACCGCGGACAGCGGCUCCAGCACCGCGGACAGCGGCUCCAGCACCGCGGACAGCGGCGCCAGCACCGCGGACAGCGGCUCCAGCACCGCGGACAGCGGCUCCAGCCCCGUGGACAUCGCUCGCCACCAACAUGGCUCCGAUAGCGGACAGCCGCCAGCAGUUCGAUGAAAUUCCUACUGUGGUUGGAAUCUUUAGUGCAUUUGGCCUUGUCUUCUCUGUCUCCCUCUUUGCUUGGAUCUGCUGCCAACGCAAAUCUUCCAAGUCCAAUAAGACCCCUCCAUACAAGUUUGUCCAUGUUCUGAAGGGGGUUGAUAUCUACCCUGAGAAUCUCAACAGCAAGAAGAAGUUUGGAGCAGAUGAUAAAAGUGAAGCAAAGAACAAAUCAGCAAUGCCAAAGGACUCUCUCCAUCUUGACCUGGAGAAAAGAGAUCUAAAUGGCAAUUUCCCCAAAACAACCACAAAAAUGCAGGGCUCUCUAGAUCUUGAAAAUUCAUCUCCUAAGCAUUUUGCAGAAAGGAAGAAAGAUUCAGUAUCUCCUGAUAGCUUAAAAUCCAUCACUUCUCUGUCAUCUGAAGAUAAACAAGACAAGCUAGGAACUCUCUUUUUCUCCUUAGAGUACAACUUUGAGAAGAAAGCAUUUGUAGUGAACAUCAAAGAAGCUCGUGGGCUGCCAGCAAUGGAUGAACAGUCAAUGACUUCUGAUCCCUACAUCAAAAUGACAAUCCUGCCUGAGAAAAAGCACAAGGUGAAAACCAGAGUGUUGAGAAAAACCUUAGAUCCAGCUUUUGAUGAGACUUUCACAUUUUAUGGGAUCCCCUACAGCCAAAUUCAAGACUUAACACUUCACUUCAUGAUCUUGAGCUUUGACAGAUUUUCCAGAGAUGACGUCAUUGGAGAAGUCCUCAUCCCCCUUGCUGGAAUUGAACUCUCAGAAGGAAGGCUGCUAAUGGACAGAGAGAUCAUCAAAAGAAAUGUUAGGAAAUCAUCUGGUCGUGGAGAAUUACUGGUCUCUCUCUGUUAUCAAUCUACAACAAACACACUCACUGUCGUUGUUCUAAAAGCCAGGCAUCUACCUAAAUCUGAUGUGUCAGGAUUAUCAGACCCUUAUGUCAAAGUGAACCUGUACCAUGCCAAGAAGAGAAUUUCUAAAAAGAAAACCCAUGUGAAGAAGUGCACCCCCAAUGCAGUGUUCAAUGAAUUGUUUGUCUUUGACAUUCCUUGUGAGGGCCUUGAUGAUAUCAGCAUUGAAUUUCUGGUUUUAGAUUCAGAUAGGGGGUCAAGGAAUGAGGUCAUUGGCAGGUUAACCUUGGGAUCUUCAGCAGAAGGAACAGGUGGAGAGCACUGGAAAGAAAUUUGUGAAUAUCCUAGGAGACAAAUUGCCAAGUGGCAUAUGUUAUGUGAUGGUUAGCAGGUUAGAGAGGGGUUGGAUCUUAAAAAACUAUAUUUAUUUCCAUAGGCAAGGAGCAGGUUUUUUUUCUUUGCUAUGUAUAAUUACAAGCUUUUAACCACAAAACUUUUUUUUUUCUUUUUUUUUUUUCAAGGGGGGAGGGGUGUUUGAAAUAAACUUGAAUUGAAUUAUCAGAACAGAAGGUGACUUAAUUUUCACAGUAAAUAAUGGAAUUUUUAUUUCAUCAAUCUUUAACAUAAUUAGUUCAGAUUAAUAUUCUUCUAGAGUUUAAGUGGCCUGUAAAUUCUGAAGCACUGUAAACCUCAAGAAGAACAAACUAUGUUUUGAAAGAGUCACUUAUUAAUGACUCAUAUAUAGAAGAAAAAAACCUUACUACAAUAUAUCCAAAAAAACCCCACCUGUGGCUUAUUAGGCAAGGGGAUGGAUCUAUAAAAGCCAUGGGGAUUGAGGGUGAGUAGGGGGGUAAAUUCCUUCUGCCCCUCCACCAAAAACUUUCUUUUAUGAAAAUUUAAUCAUUUUUUGUAAGUUUUGGUUACUUAUACUUUGAUCAUCCCAAAGAAUUAACAUGUAUUCAAUAUUUUGCUUUACAUAUCACACUGUGUAAAACUAUUUUUUUUAAGUGUCGAAAUAUUAUAUAAUUGAUUACACUUGGACUUUUUUAGUAAGUUUAUAUAUAUAAUUUUUUUAUCACAGUGACCAAAAUAGAUACGUACUUCAAACUAAUGAUAAGUUCACAUACUUUUUUUUGUUAAAAGGGCUCCUUUACGGGUGACUGUACACGUUACAGUAUAGGUAGAAUUUGGGGUUAGAUAUGGCUUGCAUUUUUUUCCUCUAGGUAGGAUUACACUUUAAACAUUUCAAGCCAUAUAAAAGAAUUUCUGUUGAGAUGAGGUAACAUACAGGAUAUUACAAUUAAUUACUUUUCACCAAUUAUAUUUUAACGUUUCAUUAGUACUAAAAAGAAGUUGAUGUUGGUUUUUUUUAUUAUUUUUUUAGCUUCAUUAAAGAAUAAACAAAUAGUGAGACAAAGAAGAAAACCUUAUUCUGCUGUUUAGUGUUUAACCUCCUGGACUGUAAAGAAGCCAUUACAGUCAGUACCAAUAUACAAACUCCAGCGCAUUUUUUAAAUUUUGCAGGAGAGGAAACCAAAUUCACUUUAUAAUUUCUCCAAUAUUCUAUAGACAAAGUACUUGGAUAGUACUUUGGUUAUAUGAAUUAAUGUACAUUACUGACUGUACUGAAAAUGGUGGUGGUAAAGGAAAAUAGCAUCCUGAUUUAAUGUCAGUGUGACACAUGUCCAUUUAAAAUUAAAUUGUGUCAGGCUGAGGAAAUGUCAAGUGUAACAAUAACAAGUGUACAAAUAAAGCAUUUAGACCAGUGAAAUUUAGUCUUGGUCAAACCAGAUAGGUUUUUAGGCUGUCAGAACUAUAGCACAACUAUAUCAGAUUAUUUCCUAAAGUUUGUGCACUAACUUCUGAUGCAGAAUUGUUUGCAAGUAUUAGUCCUACUUCAUUUUCAAGUACAAUAUAUAUAAAGAAGAAGAUAGUGAUGUUCGUUGUUGACAUAAGAAGGGUUAAAAAAGUGGAAGACCAUUUUCAGUAUUUUUGCAUACGUCAUUUGUCACGUGUAAUUCCAUUGACGCGAACAAGACUACUUGGGAAUUAAGGCACUGCUCAUUGUGAGUAAAGGUAGCAAAAUGGGCGUGCCAGUUAGAACAAACCAAACAUACAUUGAAUGUCAAUCUACUUUCAUUAAACAACAGACCUAGGUCCUACUUAAAACUGUUGGGGAUUUGUUGUCUACUUUACCUGUUCUCAUAUGGCCAAAUUAUGUUUGCAGGAAAGGACACUGAAAUAUGAAAUAUGCAAGUAGACAAAUAGUACUGGAAGAAUUCCAUUGAGACUCUUCCAGGUUUUGUGUCAGUAUUUUCUCCAGUUUUUGAGAAUGUGUUUGAUACAACAGUGUUUAUAGAUUUCUGUAAAAAUACAUUUUCAAAAUAACAUAAACAUGCUUUUUAUGAUAAUGCUAAAUGUAAAAAUAUUGCGUAUUGUAUGUAUAAAGGAGAGGAAUCUUUUUUGAUUAUUUCUUUAGAAAGCUGAUUAACUGCUUAGGGGCUAGAGUUUACCUGCCACAUUCAAGCAGAGCUAAUCCAAAGCCACCAAAUGAAAGAUGCCCACAGGCUUCAGUGGAGUUUGAAGUGCAGUCAGAGAGCAAAACUCUCCCGAGUCAACCCAGAAACAUCACUGGGACCAUGGAUAUGGGGAAACAUUGUUUUAUCCAAUGGAGAUUGGAAGAGUUUAGGUCAGUAUGACACAAUCAGAGUUGUAACAAUUUCUGAAAAGGAAAGAACUGAGCUGGAAAUUAUUUAAUCACAGAGAGUGUGGUGGCAUCUU